AUGGCAAUGCGGAGGGCGCUUGGACUCCUCGGGCGCAGCGCCCGCGCCGUGGGGGGCGCGCUCGCCGUGGAAGGCGAGCGUGCGGGCCUGCAGGCGACGCGCAUGGUGACUAGCAGCACUGCCCAGUUCGCCCGGGCCACCAACCCGGCGCUGGCCAAGGCCACCAAGGCGGCCAAGGCUGCCCAGGCCGCCCCCAGCGAGUCGUCGCUGCCGGAGGGCAUGGGCGAGGUCACUCAGGUUGUGGGUGCCGUCGUGGACGUGAAGUUCCCCGGCGGCGAGCUGCCCCCGAUCAUGACGUCCCUGGAGGUCCAGAACCACGAGGUUCGGCUCGUGCUCGAGGUCGCGGCCCACCUGGGCGAGAACAACGUCCGCUGCAUUGCCAUGGAGGGCACGGACGGCCUCACCCGCGGCCAGCACGUCCUCAACACGGGCUCCCCCAUCAAGGUUCCCGUGGGCCGCGAGACGCUGGGCCGCAUCCUGAACGUCAUCGGCGAGCCGAUCGACGAGCAGGGCCCGAUCCCGGCGAAGACGUUUUUGCCCAUCCACCGCGAGGCGCCCGAGUUCGUGGAGCAGUCGACGGAGCAGGAGAUCCUGGUGACGGGCAUCAAGGUGGUGGACCUGCUCGCGCCGUACCAGCGCGGCGGGAAGAUCGGGCUGUUUGGCGGCGCGGGCGUCGGGAAGACGGUGCUGAUCAUGGAGCUGAUCAACAACAUCGCCAAGGCGCACGGCGGGUUCUCGGUGUUCGCGGGCGUGGGCGAGCGCACGCGCGAGGGCAACGACCUGUACCACGAGAUGAUGGAGUCGGGCGUGAUCAAGACGGGCGCGCAGCAGGCCGAGAGCAAGUGCACGCUGGUCUACGGGCAGAUGAACGAGCCCCCGGGCGCGCGCGCGCGCGUGGCGCUCACGGGCCUCACGAUGGCCGAGUACUUCCGCGACGCGGAGGGGCAGGACGUGCUGCUCUUCGUCGACAACAUCUUCCGCUUCACGCAGGCCAACUCGGAGGUGUCGGCGCUCCUCGGGCGCAUCCCCUCCGCCGUCGGGUACCAGCCCACGCUCGCGACCGACCUCGGCGGCCUCCAGGAGCGCAUCACGACCACCUCGAAGGGCUCCAUCACGUCGGUGCAGGCCGUGUACGUGCCGGCCGACGACCUGACGGACCCGGCCCCGGCCACCACCUUUGCCCACCUCGACGCGACGACGGUGCUGUCGCGCCAGAUCGCCGAGCUGGGCAUCUACCCGGCGGUGGACCCGCUCGACUCGACCUCACGGCUGCUGAACCCGCGCGUGGUCGGCGACGAGCACUACGGCGUCGCGCGCUCGGUGCAGAAGGUGCUGCAGGACUACAAGAACCUGCAGGACAUCAUCGCGAUUCUGGGCAUGGACGAGCUGUCCGAGGAGGACAAGCUCACCGUGUCGCGCGCGCGCAAGGUGCAGCGCUUCCUCUCGCAGCCGUUCCACGUCGCGGAGGUGUUCACGGGCUCCCCCGGGCGCUACGUCGACCUCAAGGACACCAUCUCGGGCUUCAAGGACCUCAUCGCCGGCGCCUACGACGACCUCCCCGAGCAGGCCUUCUACAUGGUCGGCGGCAUCGACGAGGUCAAGUCCAAGGCUGCCAAGCUCGCCGCCGAGGCCUAA